CCCGGCAUUCACUGCUGCCCCUCAACGUGAUCAAUUAUUUCCGUCUUUGCGAGAUAGUGCUCUCUAGGACCGUCAAGUCAAGAUGCCGACCACACUGAAAGAAUUCGAGAGCGUCUGGCCGCGCAUCGCCGCCGAUGUGCUCGACCACUGCAAGAAAUAUAAUCUGCCCCAGCAGUCGCUUGAUUGGUUCUCCAAGUCACUCGACUACAACACGGUCGGUGGAAAAUGCAAUCGAGGCAUGUCUGUCAUCGACACGACUUCCAUCCUCAAGAACCAGACCCUAGACCCAGCUUCUGAAGAGUACUUCCGCCCAGCCCUGUUAGGAUGGAUGAUCGAGCUCCUGCAGGCCUUCUUCCUCGUCUCCGACGACAUCAUGGACUCGUCAAAGACGCGCCGUGGAAGCCCUUGCUGGUACCUUGUUCCCAAAGUUGGCAUGAUUGCCAUCAACGACGCUUUCAUGCUCGAGUCGGCCAUUUACCUGCUUUUGAAGAAGCACUUCCGCCAAGAGAAGAGCUACAUUGACAUGGUCGAGUUAUUCCACGAGGUCACUCUCCAGACCGAGUGCGGACAGUUAUGCGACCUUCUCACCGCCCCCGAGGACGAUGUCAACCUCGACAACUUCAGCCUGGACAAGUUCACCUUCAUCGUCAUCUACAAGACUGCCUACUACUCUUUCUAUCUUCCCGUUGCGCUAGCUCUGCAUUACAUCGGCGCAGCCUCCCCGAAGAACCUGCAAACUGCACACGAUAUCCUCAUCCCCAUGGGCGAGUACUUCCAAGCCCAAGACGACUAUCUUGAUGCAUUUGCCGACCCCAAGGUUCUCGGCAAAAUCGGCACAGAUAUCCAGGACAACAAGUGCUCAUGGCUUAUCAACCAGGCACUGAAGAAGGUCAACCCUGAACAGCGAAAAGUCCUUGAAGACAACUAUGGACAGAAGAACUCGCAGACGGAGGCCAAGGUCAAGGAGCUGUACCAUGAGUUGAAGUUGCAGGAGUUCUAUGAGCAGUGGGAAGAGGAGCGCGUGACGGAUAUUAAGGCGAAGAUUGAGAAGGUGGAUGAGAGCGAGGGACUGAAGAAGGAAGUGUUUGAAGCCUUCUUGAAGAAGAUUUACAAGAGAAGCAAGUAACAGCUGACCAUACUCAUACUUUAUAGCGACCAUGCAGAAUUUAAUCACCGAGACCAAAGCAUACCGAAUACUAUCACGAAGCGA